AUGCCUGGAGUAGGUUCACAUCCAGCGGGAACACAAGGCACCUCCGAACAGAGCAGUCCUCCGCUUGGGAAUCUGCGAAAUCGAAAGGCUUACAGCAUCCGCGGAGAAUCACGAGGGGUGUAUGGACCCCCUCUCGAUUGGCGCUACCAAUUGCAGAGAUCUCCUGGCGAUUUUUUUGUCGUGGGAAGGGUCUUUGCAAUCCUCUGGCAUGAAGGCAGAGGACAACAAGGAACUGUAAUUUCGGACUUCAUCAGCCAAGGCAGAUCCACCCAGGGCCAAUUCACCCGAGGCAGAUUUGGAGAGGAGAUCUUCAGCGGUAUCCGACGCAUGGUGGUUGUAAAAGCGAUGAGCCAAUGUGCCUGGUGUUUACCCAUCACCACCUACGGUGGCCAAGGGGUAGCCAAACCAGGCGUUGACCCAGCAAAACACGCCAUUGUAUAUAUGCGGGGAUCUGUGCCGACCUGCAAAGCUGAUGAGCUACGAAUGACCAAGGAACCCUUGGAAGUCGAACCAGCAAGACCGGACGAGAAGCUCGAUGAGAUGUCUCGUCUGAAUUUCGGCAAGGUCUACACCGUCGAACAUAAUGUCAAAGUGCGUCCUGUCGGGAUGAUAUCCUGGACCUCAAUGGUCAAAUUCAGAGGCUAUGCGAGUAACGAAUUCAGACUCGACAUUUGA